AUGGCCCGAUAUGCCCAGAACACCACCUGCGGCAACACAUGCCCUUGGGGCAGCGGUGAUUCGAGCAUGCCAGAUGCCUUCACCGUUGCUGCCAUGAAGGCCGCUCGCCGCAGGGAGUCCAAGGAGACGAUCACCAGUGAGGCACCGAGCGUUGGCCGAUCUUCUUCAGCCGGGGGCCUGGAACAAGCCCAGGUUCCGGAGCUGCAAGAGAUCGCUCCGCGCCCGGAUGCCUUGAAAAGCUCGCGGUCAACUGAGGCGCUGACCACAUGCCGCUCAGCAGCAUCGCGUGCUUCUCGCGCCUCCCGGGCAUCCACGACCAAGAGUGGCAAGGAUGUCGAGGUGAAGGUGAUGAACUUGAUCCAAAAGUGCCUGGACAAGAAGGUGCUCGAGAUGCAGGAGCUCAGGAUUCAAGCUCCCGCGAGCGAGGCUAGCCUGAGCGCACGCUCCACUGAGACGGCGCUGACGCAGCUCUCUCAGGCAGAGGCACCAUCUCACGUUGAGACCGACACGAGUGUGAAGGCAGAGCUUCAGCCAGAAGCGGUGACCAUGGCAGGCAAGCGAGCCCAGGCACAGAAGCUGUCCGAUGCUGCGCUGGGGAAGUUUGACGACGACGCGUCGCGCUUGGCUUAUCUUGAGAUGCAGAAGAGUGCCGCAGAAGCACGCAACAAGAACCGUUCUGCCCUGUGCUUCGGCUACGAGCCUCCCUCCCGUGUGCAGGCAGAGGGCAAAACAAUGGCCGGCAAGCGUGCUCAGGCUCAGAAACUCUCGGACGCUUCGCUGGGCAAGUUUGACGCCGACCAAUCACGUCUUGCUUACCUUGAGAUGCAGAAGAGCGCCGCAGAGGUGCGCAACAAGAACCGCUCCGCCCAAUGCUUUGAGAAGGCCGAGGCUCCCCAGUAUCCAGCUUUGCUGCGCGAGGUGGAGGGGCUGGCGGAGAAGGGGACUCAUGCGACCAUGGCAGGCAAGCGCGCCAAGGCCCAGAAGGUUUCGGAGGCCACGCUGGGCAAGUUUGAUGCCGACAAGUCCCUCGGUGCGUAUCUUGACAUGCAGAAGAGUGCCGAGGAGCUGCGCAACAAGCACCGCGUCGGCCAAGGUGUGUUCUGA